AUGGAUGCAUCUUCAUUGUCGUCGUCUUCGUCUUCAUACAGCGGAUUGGAUGUCGAUUUUUGCCGUGCCGUGGCGGCAGGAUUGUUUGGUGGUGACGGGACGGCAGUGGAGUUUGUAGACUUGAGCAGUGGCAGUGAGGGGUACGAGAAACUGUCCAAUUUGGAAGUGGAUGUGAUGGCAGGUGGCACGUGGAAUUUGGAGAACGAUGUGCAAGAGGCGAGUACUGGCCUUGGGUUUGCCUUUUCCCAGCCGUAUUUUUAUGGGUAUAGCGAAGAAGAGGACAAUCUGUGCCUGGUGACCCGUGAAGACGAUCAAGACUGGUUGACGUUUGUGUUUUGGACCGUUGCGGCCACCAUUCAUGCCGAAGAACAUGAUAUUACCCAAGAGCUGUACAGCGACAUGCCAACCAUUUACGUGUACGGUGCGAGUUUGGAUCGUAUGUUUCAAGAUGUCAUAUUUUCGGUUGGUAACUACGGUGAGAUUUACAAUCGCAGCUUGCAAGAGUUGAUCCCUCGAAGAGGCCGCAACCGGUUGAACAGUGGCAUGCAUCCUGGACCCCAGCACUAUCCAAUGCCAGGGUUGAUUUGA